GCUUGGAUGGACGCACCGAGGCUGCCAGGGCGUCCAGGCAUCUUUCUUUCGAAGUUGCUCCUGAUCUUUGUUUACGCAGAUGGCUGCCUUGCUCAAUGUGGAAAAGACUGCAAAUCUUACUGCUGUGAUGGGACCACCCCUUAUUGCUGUUCCUACUACGCCUACAUUGGGAAUAUCCUCUCGGGUACUGCCAUUGCUGGCAUCGUGUUUGGAAUCGUGUUUAUCAUGGGAGUCAUUGCUGGAAUCGCCAUAUGCAUCUGCAUGUGCAUGAAGAACAACCGAGGGACCCGAGUGGGCGUCAUCAGGACAACCCACAUCAACACCAUCUCCUCCUAUCCUGUAACACCACCACCCUAUAGCUAUGACCAUGAGAUGGAAUACUCUGCAGACUUGCCUCCACCAUACUCCCCAACACCACAGGCUUCAGCACAGCGAUCACCACCUCCUCCUUAUCCUGGAAAUACAAGGAAAUAA